GCUAGAUUUCUCUCGCGCCGGAUGCCUCUGCCAUGGCGGCGGGCACGGAAGGAGGCCACCGGGCCGGCCAGGCCAGGCCGGCAGCGGGGAGGAGGAAGGCGGCCGGGGGCGGGGUGGGCAGGGGCGGCGAGGGAGGGGGUCGCCGCGGAGCCGCCGCUACCAGAGAGGAGCCGGGGGGCCGGCGGCCGGCGGGGGCAGCUGGGUCCGCCGGGCUCCUGCCGGCCUCCGCACGUCUGUCCGCGACCACCAGUGGGCAGGUCUCCGCGGCCUCCGCCUCGGAUCUGGCCGCCGCCGCCGCCCGCUCCCGCCGCCGCCACCGACGCCGCGCACAAAGCCCCCCCACCCGGACUCUCGGGGCGCCGCCGCCGCCGCCAAAUCUUGAGCCGCUUAUUGGCUGCCCCGGCGCCUACCGGGAAAUGCAGUCCCGGGUUCGGGGCGCGGGGCGCGCGAGGAGGAAGCGGCUGGUGCGGGGCGGGGAGGAGGGGCCAGAGCGCGAAGCAGAACUGGAAGCCGCCCGAGGGAGGCCCGGCCGGCAGCGAGGCCGCGGGCGGGGAAGGCGGAGGGACAGGAAGGAAAGAGAGACGCGGCCGAGAGCAAAACCAAAACAGAACCGGAGGAAAUGUCUACUGAACAAUGGAAGGUCUGGGAGGUGUGCCGCAGUGAACUGUUCUUGCCGGAGUGUGCAGAGUUGGUGAUAUUUCCGGAGGCUGUUUGAUAAUGACUAGAACAUUGCAGCUCGGAGAAUAAAGGAACCACAGGCAGCAAUCAGAUGAGGAAACCAAAACUCUGUUCCGAGAUUAAUAAAGCCGUAUCGCUGCCAGAUGCUAUCCUCUCUAUAGCCGUUACAGUGGUGGAUCUAUUGGAUACACUUACAAGAAGUUCCUGAUAUCUUUACCACUUACAUAAGGAAUUAAGACAUUCCCACAGAUCAACUAUUUUAAUGACUACUAAUUAUGUAUUAGUUUUUAAAAACAUAACCCUGUUAAUAAUACUAAGGGUGAUAUUCAAAUUAAGCAUUCCCAUUGCUAUUAAUCACUAUUUCUAAAACUAUGCUUGUGUAGUAUGUAUGCUUAGUGUAGCAACAAACACUAAAGGAAUCAAUAAAAUCACAUUUUUGUUGGUUUUAAAUGCC